AUGAAGUACACGCCGAUCCCGUUGGUCGCCGCCGUGGCCGCCGCCAGCAUGGCCGGAGCGAGCCUUACCCAGCAGUGCUCCGGCAGCGCCGUCAACGAGGGCGGCAACUUUUUUUGCGGCGCCGUCCAGCAUAUUCUGUACCAAGGCAUCGGUGGCUCUGGCAGCUACGAGGCCGUCAAGUCCAUGAGCGCCACUGGCGAGUGCCAAAAGGAGACCAAGACUUUUAGCGGUCCUCUUGCGCCUCUUGAUGAAGGUCUGUCCCUUCACUUUCGUGGUCCCAUUCACCUCAAAGAAGUGGCCGUCUACACCCUGUCGAGCAAGAACAAGCAGAGACGCCAAGAAGUCGCCGCCGAAAAGACGAAGCGCGGCCACGGCCACCAGCAGUUUCACGAGGCCAAGAAGAUGAAGAAUAAGCGCACCGAAUGGAUCACCGCCACCAUCAACGGCGACGUCGUCUCUUGGGAAAAGGUCAACUACGGUCCUCCCACCGCCGCGCCGCCGCCUCCAGCCGCCGCUCCCACCGUGCCCGCCUCCGCGCCCGUUGCCAAUGCCAAUGCCGGUGUCGAGGCCAGCAAUCCGGCCCCGGCAGCCCCGGCAGUCCCCGCCGGCGCCGCUACCAAGGCCAAGCCUGCCGCCUCGGGCAAGGACUGGGACCGCACCUCGUACUACAACGCCGAGACCCAAGAGGCCGAGAACCUCGUCUUUCUCGCAAACUAUGGCGGCCAGGGCUCUGGUGUCUUUGACACUGUCUGGGGCAGCUCGCUCUCUUUCCUCAACGCAAAUGGCGAUGGCGGCGCCAGCUCCGCCCAAGUCCUCGCCAACGUUGACAUUCCCUCCAACAAGGAGUUUGCCAUUUUCAGCGGUGAGCCUUGCGACGGCAGCUGCGGCUUCUCUCGCGCAAAGGACGUAGCGUACAAGGGCUUCGAGGGCACGCACAAAAUCUUCCUCUUCAACUUCAAGAUGCCCAUGGACGGCAGCACCGGCUUCAACGGCGACAUGCCCGCCAUCUGGGCCCUCAACGCCGACAUCCCCCGCACCGCGCAGUACAAUGCCUGCAGCUGCUGGCCCAAGUGCGGCGAGUUUGACUUUUUCGAGGUCCUCGCCAAGGGCGACACCAAGUGCAAGAGCACCGUCCACCUCGCCAACGGCGGCGGCUCCUCCGACUACUUUGCCCGUCCCGUCGACGCCUACAUGAAGGGCGCCGUCAUCUUUGACGCCGACGCCGGCGUCUCCAUCCGCGUUCUGCCCGCCGACACGGACUUUUCCAAGGGCCUCGACGACGCCACCGUCCAGGCCUGGGUCGCCAGCAGCAGCAGCGGCAGCGCGGGCUCCUCGACUGGUGCCGAGGGCGGUAUCGCAAGCAAGAUUGCCUCUAGCCUGUUUCAGAUUGCGGGCAGCGUCUAA